AUGGCCCCCCUCUCCCAUGCCGAUUACACGGUCGGAUGGAUCUGCGCCUUACCGCUGGAGAUGGCAGCUGCGAGAGCCAUGCUCGAUGAGAUCCACGACGACUUACCGGUACAACCGAAUGACCAUAACGCAUACAUCCUCGGACGCAUUAAGAAACACAAUGUUGUUAUUGCAUGCCUGCCAAAUGGUGAAUAUGGCAUUGCGUCUGCCACUACUGUAGCAAUACAGUUAUUAUCCAGUUUCCACUCUAUCCGCUUCGGUCUGAUGGUCGGAGUUGGGGGAGCGGUGCCGAAUAGAGAUGCGGAUAUACGCCUUGGAGAUGUUGUGGUCAGCAAACCAACAGAUACACACGGGGGAGUGGUGCAGUAUGAUUACGGCAAAGCAUUAAGUGGUGGUGAUUUUCAGCGGACAGGCAUGCUCAACCGUCCGCCUCAGAUUCUCCUUACUGCUCUCUCGAAACUGCACGCGAACCACCUUACAGAAGAGAGCCAAAUUCCGGAUUUUCUUGCGGACAUUAAACGCAAUUUACCCAAACGAGCUGCCAACUUUGCUCGUCCAACUCAGUUAGACGAUUUGUAUCUGAGUGACUAUAAUCAUGCCAAUCCCCAAUCCAGGACCUGUGAUGGCUGUGAUAUAGCUAAAACUAUCCCACGACUUUCUCGAAACUGCAAUGAGCCUGUUAUUCACUAUGGUCUGAUUGCUUCCGCGAACCAAGUCGUGAAGGAUAGCCAACUACGAGAUAAGCUAGGUCGUGAAUUUGGUGUAUAUUGUGUGGAGAUGGAAGCAGCAGGAUUGAUGAACAAUUAUCCAUGUAUAGUGGUGCGUGGAAUUUGCGAUUACGCGGACUCCCAUAAGAACAAAGAUUGGCAGGGAUACGCUGCGGCUGUGGCAGCAGCGUAUGCCAAAGAGCUUCUUUCAUGUCGGUUUCGCGUUCCAUUUGACCUUACUGCAGUGCCUGUAAUUGAGAAUUUCUUGGGACGACAAGACGAACUACAGCGCCUAUGGCACUAUUUACGGCCAGUAAAUCCCCAGUUGCGAAAGGUAGCCAUUCUCCACGGGCCCGGUGGAAUGGGAAAGACACAGCUAGCCGUACGCUUCGCUCGAGAUCACAAGAAUGAUUUUACUACUAUUUUUUGGCUGAGUGGCAAAGAUCGGGGCACUCUAUUGCGAUCUUUAAGCUCCGUUUUCUCCCGAUUACCAGGACAGUCCCAUAAAACUGAAGUGAUUAAUGAAGAGGAAGUGGAGCAAAGAGCUAGGCAUGUGUUGCAAUGGCUAGCAUUAGAAGGAAACUCACGCUGGCUAAUUAUUUUUGAUAAUAUUGAUCAAUACUCUCUCAAUUGCAGCAAUGUUUGCGAUGGAUAUGACAUCAGUGAAUUCUUCCCCACAGCAGACCAUGGUUCCAUUCUCAUUACCUCUCGACUACGGAGGUUAACUGAUCUUGGAAAGUCCUUCCCAGUCCAGAGACUCGAGUCUAAAUAUUCGAUUCAGUUACUUUUACAGAGCAGUGGAAUGUCUAUCGGUAAUAAUAUAAAGAACGUUGAGAGUGAUCCAGAUACUCUCGCCCUUACCGGUCGUCUAGAUGGGCUACCACUGGCAAUUGUCAUCGCAGGGGCAUUUAUUCAUGAAACGGGAACCAGCAUCACAGAUUACCUGAGGUAUUAUGAAGAGUCUUGGUACGACCUACAGUCGCAAUCGAGCCCUGGACGUCAGUACCAACAGGGUAACCUGCUCCAAACAUGGAUGAUCUCAUAUCGUAAGAUCCAGAAGCAAAACCCGGAUGCAGCCGAGCUGCUACUGCUGCUUGCUCAUUUCGAUAGCCGAGAUAUCUGGUAUGAGUUAGUAAAAAGCGCUUCUCAUAGCUCAAAUACCCCAGCCUGGUUUGACAGCAUUACGCCCACCGGGCUCACCUUUAAGAAUUGUAUGAAAAUUCUUAUUGGAUUCUCCCUCAUUGAGACUAAGCCGCAAGAGGGAAGCUUCACAAUGCAUCCAGUUAUACAAGACUGGUGUCUUUACAUUGCUAGCUCAAGAAGAAAUGCGAAUCUAGUUCAAUUGAGCGAACUGGCUCUGAUAUCUGUUGGAUAUGCAGUUCCUGGAAUAGAUGAAAGAAAUUAUGCAGAGAUUCAGCGGCGGCUUAUUCCACAUGCGAAUUAUGUGCGUCAUGGAGAUGUCUCAAGGGACAAUGCUGCGGCAUGGGGAGCAUUCCAUGGCCUUGGUAAUCUCUACUCUAACCAAGGCAAGCUGAAGGAGGCAGAGCAAAUGUACCAGCGAGCACUGGCAGGCAGUGAAAAAGCACUGGGUCCAGACCAUAUAUCCACUCUUGAGAUAGUCAAUAACCUUGGUGUUCUCUACAAAGAUCAAGGCAAGCUGAAGAAGGCAGAGCAGAUGUUCCAGCGAGUACUGGUAGACAAUGAAAAAGCACUAGGCCCAGACCACAUAUUUACUCUUGGCACAGUUAAUAACCUUGGUAUUAUCUACUCUGACCAAGGUAAGCUGAAGAAGGCAGAGCAGGUGUACCAGCAAGCACUGGCAGGCCGUGAAAAGGCACUGGGUCCAGACCAUAUAUCCACUCUCUUUACAGUCAACAACCUUGGUCUUCUCUACAGAGACCAAGGCAAGCUGAAGGAGGCAGAACAGAUGUACCAGCGAGCACUAGCAGGCUUUGAAGAAGCACUGGGUCCAGACCAUACAUCCACCCUUUUUACAGUUAACAAUCUUGUCAACAACCUUGGUCUUCUCUACUCUGACCAAGGCAAGCUGAAGGAGGCAGAGCGGAUGUACCAGCGAGCACUGGCAGGCUAUAAAGAAGCACUGGGCCCAGACCAUAUAUCCACCCUUUUUACAGUCAACAAUCUUGGUCUUCUCUACAGAGACCAAGGCAAGCUGAAGGAGGCGGAGAGUAUAUACCAGCAAGCACUGGUAGGCUGUGAAAAGACACUGAGUCCAGACUAUAUAUCUACUCUUGGUAUAGUCCAUAACCUUGGCCUUCUCUACAGAGACCAAGGUAAGCUGAAGGAGGCAGAGAAGAUAUACCAGCGAGUACUGGCAGGCCGUGAAAAGACACUGGGCCCAGACCAUAUAUCCACUCUUUUUACAGUUAAUAACAUUGGUAAUCUCUACUCUGACCAAGGCAAGCUGAAGGAGGCAGAGCGAAUGUACCAGCGAGCACUGGCAGGCAAAGAAAAAGCACUGGGCCCAGACCAUACAUCCACCCUUUUUACAGUCAACAAUCUUGGUAUUCUCUACUCUAACCAAGGCAAGCUGAAGGAGGCGGAGAGCAUGUACCAGCGAGCACUGGCAGGAUAUGAAAAAGCACUGGGUCCAGACCACCAUAAGACCCAACAAGUUGCAGAUAGGUUAAGUGCAUUAAUGCGGGUCGUUCAUGUUCGGGUCCUUCCGCGCCACUCUCCCCAAUAG